UAUCCUUUCUGUUUCUAAGACUAGGUAAGUAUAUAUGACCAUUUAAUUAAGAUAUAUUGUCCCUAUACACUGUUCCAGUCUAGUAGCUAGAUAUACAAUAAUUAAGAUUGUUGUGUGGUGUGGAUCAAACUUAAGAAGAAAAAGAUGAGCUGCAAUGGUUGUCGAGUCCUCAGAAAGGGUUGCAGUGACGACUGCAUGCUACGACAUUGCCUAGUGUGGAUAGAGAACCCACAAGCCCAAGCUCACGCCACCCUCUUCGUCGCCAAGUUCUUCGGCCGUGCCACUCUCAUGUCUUUCCUUUCCUCCGUACCCUCCAACCAAAGAUCUGCUUUGUUUCAGUCACUGCUUUAUGAAGCAGUGGGGCGUACUAUAAAUCCAGUGAAUGGAGCAGUGGGGCUGUUGUGGACUGGGAACUGGCACCUCUGCCAAAUGGGCGUGGAGAAAGUGCUCCGAGGUGGUGCUGCAUUGACCCCACUCCCUCAAGUAAUAACAAGUGUGGAGAGAGUGAUGGUUGGAGGGGAAAUAAUAAUGUGUCACCAGCCCAAGAAGCAACAUGUGGGGACACCCCCUGAGGAGGAAUCCGAGAUCUCCACGUUCGGAAGUAGACCACUGGAUUCUGCCCCUCAAAGUCAAACCAACCUCCUUACACUAUUCUUCUAAUCAUGUUGUUAAUCAAUCUUAUUAGGAUAUUGAUAAAGAAACUAAAAAAAUAAUAUUUAUCCUAAAAAUUAUAAGAGUAAAAAAAAAAAUUAUAAACAACAUAAUUUUUGGUCUCUCAAUAAAAAAAACAUUUAUAUUUUUAAGUUUUUUAACCACUAUCCUAAGAACACCGAUUAGCAUUUAUCUUCUUCUAAUAGCUUGUUAAGCUUAUUGUUUAUUAUUAUUAUUAUUAUUGGAUGAGUAUCUAUUAAAUAUUACUUUUGUCAAUGUUUCUGACUAGCUAGCAUAACAACAAUAACAGGAGCAAACUUAGGUGUAACUCUUUAAUGUUAUCUUUUAUUUUACUUUCUUAUUUACCAAUACAAUCUGCUGUAAGUAAGGACUAAUUAAUGGGCAUAAGCAAAAUCUUUCUUGAUUUCUUA